GAAACUUAAGCGAAUGGCGACUGCAGAUUCCCGCCAAAGUCAAAAAGCCAUGUCCAACAUCAUGAUUGGAUACGUUUAAACCUGCUUCAGGCGAUGUUCCGCUUGCCUGGUAUACCCUUACCUCGUCCAAGCCCCAGGUCCAACAAGACCGGCACUCAUAAAGAGCGGCGUUAGCCCUCGUGCACAAAGUUAACACCUACCAAGCACAUUGGUCGCACAGCGUCCUUGUUCAAGAGCAUAAUUCGAACAAUCUUAAAAGUUCAGCAAACCUGAAAGGAGUUCAAAGACCGAUUUGCCACACUGAGGAAACGCUGAUCGUUCCUUCCAGCAGCAGCUAACGCAGUAACGCCCUGUGCCGCUGUCGAUCUCCUCAGCUUCAAAAAUGAGCGCAGGGCGAGGAGGUAUCAUCGAGCCUUUAGAUAUCCACAGACAAAGUAGCCGGACGAGGUCGACGAGCACAGUAUCAAGGGCAUCAAGCAGUCACAGCGGAACUUCACGAGGAUCAAGCGAUUCUUCAGAGCAAGUACGUCCACCAAGCGUUCCCCAAUUGCCAAAGACUCAUAAAAAGUCGAGCUCGUUCAGCAAAUUGUUUGGAACUAAGGAACCGUCCCUUGAAUCGUUCAAACAACUUGCGGACUUACAACAAAAGGAGUUGGCGCAAAAGGGACAAAAGCUUCCGUUUGGCGUGGCACAGGCUAAGCUACCAAGCACGGUCAAGGACGACUAUAAGCAAGCGAAACAAAGGGCGAAAGAGAGGGCAAAGCUGCAUGAAGCAAUCAAGGAAAAGCUGAAAACGCACGAAACUGAAGGGCCGCAUGAACAUGGCUCGCGUCCCUUUACUGGUAAAAUUAUUCUCGACGAUAAAGCUCGAAGCCCGUCCACAAGAUCCGCUUCAUAUACUCCAAAGAGCCCGAAAUCGCCUUCCAAACAGAUUUUCCCGUUAGGCCCGUUGCCCGAGGCGGCUCAAGUGGACGGAAAAGUCGACACACCUCAAUCGCGUGCGUCUCCACCAUCAUCACCGACCACUUUCAACAUGAAGGGAACAUUGGUCCAUGUUUCGGGUGUUCUGACUGGAGAUGCUCGAAGAGAGGCACUGCCAUGGGAGUAGAAUCGGUUCACGAAGUUAUGAAAAGUAAUGAAUCGCAUGAUAUAACCCUAGACCUCGAAUAUUGAGCACGAAAGAUUGUGUGAAAGGUGGGCAAACAUUUCAGCGCACUCUCUGCAAACUAGAACUAGUUGGCGACAUAGCGCCGUAAUUGGGUGUUAUCGACUUGUAGGCCUUCUACGCAAUUCUGCUAAUCAAGCAACGUUUUUGGCAAGAAAUUUCCCGUGAAUCGCUUGCUAUACACGUGCAGCACUUAUGGUCUGGCUCCU